AUGGCUGUUGUGCCUGACAGGCGAACUGCGCUUCAGGAACGUUUAUCCAUCCUAGAGAAGAAUCGUCGGCUUAUUCAGGAGACCCUGACUCGCAUGCAUCAACUGCUACAGCACUGGAGAAGACAGCGCCACCGAAGUUAUCGUUUCUGCUGCCGGCACAAAUACCGUCAUCCAAUGCACCACCAUCGCCACCAGCACCAGAAGGAAUCUACUCGACACUCAGCUUCUCCAUCUUGUUUAGAACCGGCCACAACUAGCUGUUCGGGUGAGCCUUCCUGUGAAAUCGGUCCGCAAGCCGACUGGGCUUCUUCAGAUCAGCUGACUUCCAAUUUCCACCAAACGGCAUGCCAUCUAGUCUCACCAUCCCUGUCACUAUCUGCAUCGGUGGCUACCACGAAUAUUGGACCUCAGAGCUCAGGCAUUGACUCUCCUAAGCGCGCUUCAAUCUGUAUUUUCUCCUGUCGGUGUCAACCUUGCAAUUCCCUUCCUGGCCCAUCCCCUGACGAUCGAAUGUCACAUUCAUCGCCCCAAGACCGGGUUCCUUGCAGCCUUGUAGAGGGUCCUACUUCUAAGACUUUAUCUGUGAAGAUUUUAUCUGACACUGAUAGCCUAGAGUCGAAGCAAAAAGGCGAUAUCGCUCUUUUACCCACCUAUGGCCUGUCCAAUGGGUGA